AUGGAGCAGAGCAGUAAAUAUGGAUCUAAUAUAGGAAGCAAGGAUAGUGAUCAGCCAACUAAAGUGACUGAGCCACAGACUGAGUCCGAGGUUAAGAUUACUUAUCUGGAAACUCCUUUACAAAGUGCAUACAAAUAUAAGAACAUGGGAAAUGUAUAUUUCAAAACGGGAAAAUAUAAUGAAGCUAUUGCUCAAUAUAAUAAAGCAAUCGACAUUUGUCCAAAGGAGAAAGUAAAUGAUCUCGCGAUUUUGUAUCAAAAUAGAUCAGCUGCAAAUGAGAAAUUGAAAAAAUACAGUUCUGUAAAAGCAGAUUGUACAAAAGCGUUAGAAUUGAAUCCAACAUACAUGAAAGCUCUGCUACGUCGGGCACGUGCUUUGGAGCAAAUAGGAGACUUGGAAGCCGCUUUGAAGGAUAUGGCUACUGUAUGUAUUCAUGAAAGUUUUUCUAAUCGAACUUCCCUUGUAACAGCGGAUAAGAUCUUCAACAAGUUUGUCGAACAACUCGCCCAGGAAUAUUUGGCAAACAAAGAAUAUGUAAUGCUAAGUAAGAAUUUUAUCGAAUCAUACACUAAAAUGUUUUCUAAGGAUCCAGUAUUUUCUAGACUUCAACAACCAGAAAAUAUUCCUGAAUUUUUCAAGAAACCAUUACAAGCUUUAAAAGAGAGAAAAUACGAUGAUGUAAUACCACUGUGCACAGAAGUCAUUAAAAGUUCAGAAUUUGAUACAUUACCUUCAUCUAAAUUUGAAGUGCUGUUAUUACGAGCUACGUUUUACGUACUUUUGGGCAAACAGGAUGCUGCAAUCAAAGAUUUUGAAAGAGUAGUGACCAGUAAAGAUGCAUCUGAAGAUGUAAGGAUAAAUGCCCUAAUAAAAAGAGCGAAUUUAUACGCGCAACUGGAAAUUCUAGAAUUAGCUCACAAGGACUUUGACUCAGCCAUUAGUAUCAACCCGAAAUGUAGCGAUAUUUAUCAUCAUAGAGGAGUAUUACAGAUAAAUAUGCAUGGAUUAUUAGAUCAAGCUAAGCGCGAUUUUGAUAAGGCUGUUGAAUGCAAUCCAAAUUUCGGUGCAGCAUACGUGCAAAAAUUGGAUGCAGAUUUUCGUAUAGCGCUUAUGAGUGAAAAUGUAAGAUCAAUUAAAGCAGCUGCGAAAGAGUAUAAGAAAGCUUUCAAAAAGUUUCCAAAUCCGCCUGAAAGUACAUUAUAUUAUGCAAUGUAUGCUCAGGUUAUGUUGGAAAGUCAACAGUUUGAAAAGGCUGAUACUAUCCUUGCUGCAGCACUGGAGAAAGAUUCAGCGAACGCAAAUCUCUAUGUGCUUAGAGGUUCACUACAAUUGCAAUGGAAACAGAAUGUUGAUAAAGCUAUUGAAUACAUGAAAAAAGCGUUAGAAAUUGAUGAUAAAUGCGAGCUUGCAUAUCUAGGAUUAGGACAAAUCGAAAUGGAAAGAGGAAACUUAGAAGAAGCAAUAACAUUAUUUGAGAAUGUUUUAAUAUUGUGUCGCACAUACAUGCAACUAAUAGACAUGUAUAUUAUGAUAAACGCUGUAAAAAUACAACUUCAUGUACAGAAACAGUUAGGAUGCAUUCCCCGAUUUCUUCAGUCGUUCACUGGAUUCAUUGAUGUAGAAGUUGCGGAUCGACACCGACUCUGCCGCAUAAAUUAA